AAGAAUUUAUUUACGGCAUAACACUUCACAGUUAGAGUAAUAGUGUUCUGUGGUCUUGAGUCUUCUGUGGUGUUCUGGCAUUACUGAGCCCUGUGGAUUGUGGUGAUUGGUGAAAAACAAAAACUAUAAUGACGGAAUUGUCACGAGAAAUUGGAGAGAUAUGGUCAAGACUAUUUGAUCAUCGACCAUUCUUGAAUGGAGAAAUUAAGUAUAUGAUAAAAGAAUUUGAGGAAAAACGAGGAGAUAGAGAAGUGGAAAAUUUGUUCAGUAUUUUGGAAAACCUCACUGAUGUAAAAGACAGUCAAGUAGAUAAAAUUCGUAAAAGUUCAAAAGUUUUACCAAUAUUGAGUGAAAAAUUACAACAGGUUCUUGCAUUAACUGACUCUGUGGAAAAGGAAUAUUUGGAACUACAAAAGGAUUGUAUGGAAAAACGAGAAAAAAAUAAAGAGAAAAGGAAAAAAGAAUGGGAUCAGUUCAUUGAUGAUAUGAAUUUUAAGUGCCAGAGGAUUGAUAAUACAUUUGAGGAGAAAGAAGAAGAACUACGUGAUUUGUAUGCUGAUCUUAAUCAUAAAUUGAACAUAACAAGUAAUUAAACAAUGGACCUUCAAGGCUCUCUUAUUGAUACAAAACUUAAAAUAUAUCCAUCAGAAAAG